AUGAAAUCAACCCGACGAGAAAUGAAUGAAACAUCUGAGAUAGGCCAAACAAAUGAAGAAGUAACAUACUCGUUCCGUUUUGGUCCUUCUAAUAAACUUAUUCGUCUUACCCAGCAACAACUUGAUGCUACUCCUUAUUUAUCUGCUCUCGUAGCUCAUAAAGAUGAUUUUUUAUCAAGUCAAAAUGAAAGUGGUGAAUAUGUCUUGAGUUCUAGAAUACGUUACACUUGGUUUAUAGCUAUUCUUCGUUCCAUUACAACAGAACAUCCAUCUGUUUUGUUUACUGAACUAUCACAAGAUGUAAACGUAUUGGGCAUGCUUCGGUUACAUGAUUAUCUAUGUGUAAAUCCAUUAUCAGUUCCUCUUUUGAAAGAUGUACAUUUAGCUCGAUCAAAUUCGAUCAAUACUGAGAAUGCCAACGAAUGUGCUGAAUAUCGUCGAGCAAGUCCUUUGGAAGCACGCGAUACGGCUGUUCAGUUCAUCGUAGCUCUUGCCAGAAAUGAAUACAAUUUGGAUGAUUUUGAAACAAUCCAAUGCAGCUUCUCUCUAGUCAUGGUUAUUCUGUCCUAG